GUCAGCUGCGCACGCACGGGGCUCAGCAGUGAACCUGUGACUGGCGGCGGAGAGAGAAGCUCCGGGGAAAGGAAAGGGAAGUUUGUUUUUUAGGUACAAUGAGCUGCUGCGGGAGGGAGUGUGCGCACCUGUCCGCGUGCCAGGAGCGCUGGAGGUGAUGCGCCCCGGUCACACAACACGGGAUGGCGACGCCAGAGCUGUGGAGCUACAACUCUACGUCCGCGUGGAACCAGUCCGCGGGACAGGAGCGCUUCGGCAGCCUGGAUGACAUCGACCUGCCGGCGGACGGCUCUCCGGCGCUGCGCAUCCUCAUCUCCAUCGUGUACUCGGUGGUGUGCGCCGCCGGGCUCGUGGGCAACCUGCUCGUCUUCUUCCUGAUGAAAGCGCGCCGCGGGCGCAAGAACAAGCGCUCCAGCAUCAACCUGUUCAUCCUCAACCUGGCCGUCACGGACUUCCAGUUCGUGCUCACGCUGCCCUUCUGGGCCGUGGACACGGCUCUGGACUUCAGCUGGCCGUUCGGCAACGCCAUGUGCAAGAUCAUCCUCUCCGUGACGGUGAUGAACAUGUACGCGAGCGUGUUCUUCCUCACGGCCAUGAGCGUGACCCGGUACUGGUCGGUGGCGUCGGCGCUGAAGGACCGGACCCGGCGGAGAGUGUGCCCGGUGCGGUGGGUGAUCGCCGGGCUGUGGGUCUCCGCCACGGCCGCGUCUCUGCCCACCGCGGUGUUCUCCACGGUGAAGAGCGUGGCCGGGGAGCGGCUGUGCCUGCUCGGCUUCCCCGACGGCCAGUCGUGGCUCGCGCUCUACCACCUCCAGAAGAUCCUCGUGGCGUUCGUGUUCCCCAUGCUCAUCGUGAGCGUGUGCUACCUGCUGCUGCUGCGGUUCGUGCGCCUGCGCAGCAUGAACAACAACCAGGUGAAGCGCCGGUCCCGGGUCACGCGCUCCGUCACCAUCGUGGUGCUGUCCUUCUUCGUGUGCUGGAUGCCCAACCACGCCAUCACCUUCUGGGGCGUGCUGGUCAAGUUCAACGUGGUGAACUGGGACCGGACGUACUACAUGGUGCACACGUACAUCCACCCGGUGACCGUGUGCCUCGCGCACACCAACAGCUGCCUGAACCCGGUGCUGUACUGCCUCAUGCGCCGCGAGUUCCGCAAGAAGAUGAAGGACCUGUUCUGGCGGAUUUCGUCGCCCACCGGGGCGAACAGCUGCCCGCUGCGGCCGUUCUCCGGCACCGUGAGAGCGGAGCCGGAGGUCAUCCCGCUGAACACCGUGGAGACGGAGAACUGCAGACUGUCCGUGUUAACGGACCAGGGCGACACGGAAGCGCUGCAGAGGUAAAGCAGACUUUAAACUCCAAAAAAAGGACAAAAGUGGGUAAAAAAAAGAGAAGAGAACUCUGAUUUUUGUUGUUGUUGAAAGAUAAAUAUUUGAAAUGAUUCGCCUCAAACUCAUCACGCUAUGGAAGAUGAUUAGAGUCACAUGUGAACAUUUUAAUUUUUCUGACUUUAAAGUCAGGACUAGGGCUGCACAAUAUGAGGAAAACAUCUAAUUAUCGUGAUUAUUUUACCUGAUGAUGCGAUUGCGAUAUGAUUCACAAUAAUGGAGGGAAUGGUCAUUUUGUAAAGCAGACUUAAAACUAAGAGGAUUAGGGCCACAUGUUAAAAUAUCUUUUGAGUUAUGAGAAAAAAAAGUCAAAAUAACUUUUUUUUUUAAGUUAAAAAAGCCAGAAGUAGGGGUGUAUGUAAGUCAAAAUUCAAAGUAGGGGUACAUGCUAUGAGGAAAAUAUCUAAUUGCCAGGGUCAGGGUUAUUGUGAUUGAGAUAUAUUUCACCAUAUUGCAGGGAAUGAUCAUUUUUAUUGAGAAAAAAAAUCGGAUUUGUAGGCCCGAGACAUCUCUGCAGCACCACAGUACUUAAUUCAGAAUGAUUGGACAUGUAUUGAGCCCCCGUUUUAUUAGGAUAUUGCACCAUAGUCCAUAUUGCGAUGGCAAUGAAAUUGCGAUGAAUUGUGCAGCCCUACAUGUUUUUCCCCCAUGUGGCCCUAAUCCUCUCCUGAUCACUCGCUGACACUCUAAUCCUGCAGAUUUCUCUCAGCUUUUCUCACCGUAAAGUUGCUCUUUAUUGUGUCGCUGGAGUUUUUACCUCUUCUAAAAGGAACACUGCAGGAUCAUCAUAUUUGGCCUCAUUCUUUUUUUGGGAGCGCGCCGUGCAGACUGUGCCAAAUCCAACGCCGGUAUAAAAACAACAAAGAACCAGACAAAUCAUCACUAAAAGGGGGCGUUUUUAGAUGUGUUUUUUGGACUUUGCAUCGCAGGGAUUAUAUAUAUGUUUCCAUCACAUUUUUUAUUUUUUUUUAAAUGUGUGACAUUAAAGGAGAGAAUAAUGUG